CCAGGCGCGGCCGUCGUCACGGAAACGGCUCCCUGAGCCGAACUACAACUCCCAGCGGCCGCCGUGGCUUCCGGUUGGCAAGAUGGUGGCGCGCGGGAGGAAGCGUGCGGCGCGGGAGUCUGAGAAGGGGAUUCUGAGCCCGCCGGGUUACUCAGCCAUUCCCAUCAAAUUCUCUGAAAAGCAGCAGUCUUCUCAUUACCUCUAUGUGAGAGAGCACAAAGUUCGAGAAGGCACCAAGUCUUCCUGGCCUCAGAAACGGACCCUUUUUGUCCUCAAUGUGCCCCCAUACUGCACAGAGGAGUGCCUGUCCCGCCUGCUGUCCCCCUGCGGCCCUGUCCAGUCGGUGGAGUUACAGGAGAAGCCGGAUCUUGCUGAGAGCCCAAAGGAGCCAAAGUCAAAGUUCUUUCACCCCAAGCCAGUUCCUGGGUUCCAGGUGGCCUACGUGGUGUUCCAGAAGCCACGUGGGGUGUCAGCUGCCUUGGCCCUGAAGGGCCCUCUGCUGGUCUCGACAGAGAGUCACCCUGUGAAGAGCGGCAUUCACAAGUGGAUCAGAGACUACGCAGACUCCGUGCCGGACCCCGAGGCCCUGAGAGUCGAGGUGGACACGUUCAUGGAGACGUACGACGAGAAGAUGGCAGAGGAGGAGGCUAAGGCCAAGGAGGAGGAAGGGGUCCCUGACGAGGAGGGCUGGGUGAAGGUGACCCGCCGCGGCCGGCGGCCAGUGCUCCCGAGGACGGAGGCGGCCAGCCUGCGGGUGCUGGAGAGGGAGAAGCGGAAGCGUGCACGCAAGGAGCUGCUCAACUUCUAUGCCUGGCAGCACCGCGAGACCAAGAUGGAGCAUCUCGCGCAGCUGCGCAAGAAGUUCCAGGAGGACAAGCAGAGGAUCGAGCUGAUGCGGGCCCAGCGCAAGUUCCGACCCUACUGAGCCUCACCCCCCCGCGGGCCCCGUGGAGAGGGGUGGGGACUGGGUGGCAGUGCGUGGCCAGCGAGGACACAGGGCCUGCGACACUCAUCUCAGCGGCCGUGCCCAGGCUGAGGGACCACACGUCAGCCCCAGAGAUCUGAGCCCGCGUGAUGUGGGGUACAGGGUACAGGACAGUGUCACCCCUUGGCUCCUGUGCUUCGGCAGUCCUGGAGCCCAGCGCAAGGACCUGGACUACGGAAGCCAUUGGCCCAGGAAGUGGCUCCUUCCCUGUCAUGGGCUCUGUCCCCAGCCUGUCUCUGGACUCUCCUCUUAGGGCUAAGUGUCUGCUGUGUUCUCCCCUUCCGCCUAACGGAGAAGCCCCAUGGGCAGUGAGACAGCCUCAAACGCAGAAAGAAUACAAGAACAUUUUAUUUUUCAUCCAGCUGGGCGGCAAGAGAAGGCUACAAAAGGCCGGUGGGCCUAUCCCAGCCCCUCCCUCUGCCUGCUACCCAGUCACAAAACAGGUAACUCCCACACCCAGACACCAUCUCCCCCUUGAAGUCACAGAUGUUAGCGUCAGACUCUUGUAUCCCCUCCCCCGUCCCCCCCCCCCAGCUCUGCCACAGGAUUCUCUUCCGGCCACGCUGGUCUUCAGGACCAGGGGGCCCUGUCCCCACCACGCCUGGCCUGGGCUUGGGAGCUGGGAGUCCGGGGCUGAGCAGGUGUCUGUAGCCCCUGGCCCAGGGCUACAGGUGGGCUGGGAUCCUCUCCUUGCUCUGUAAAAAGGAGCUGAUGAUACCAGCCAUGUGCUGGGGUUGGUUCAUGUGGACGUAGUGGUUGCCGGGGACUUGCUCGUACUGGAACCUCUGGGGAAGGGAGGGGGCACGUGGUGAGGUGACCCAGUGGGGGGCUCUGCGGGCCCCUCUGGCACACUGGGGCUUUCCCGCGGCCUGCUGCCUCCCAGUGGUUCCAAGUGUCCACCACAGGAGCCUUGGCAGUGCCUGACCCGUGGCCUCGCGGGCCCCAGUCAGUCACAGCACCCCCUGGGGGGUGUCAGGGCCUGGCUCAAAACCAGUGAGAAAGGCCUGUCUGGGAGGGAAGAGCCCAAACCCUGGGGUUCUAGGCCAUUCUGAGCUGAAGUUGUAGAGCUAGGCUGGGAUGGGGGCUGGUAGUCGGGGCUGCUGCUGGUUCUGAGCAUCUUAUAAGGUCCACUUGCAAAAGGAAUAGACCAUCAGCCUUUCAAACUCGCCCUUGCUCGGGAGAAAGGCCGACAAGGCAGGAAGGCACUGCAGUUGGCCAGCCAGCCACACGGGCUUCCCUCUAGUGACACCCAGUCGUCUGCACAGGCCCCAGGGUCAGGUGUUUAUGGUGGAUGAUGGUCAUAAAAUGCCAGGUGCUCCCAGGAACCCAGGCAAAGGGCAAAGUCACAGCACACGUCCCAGCCCUCCAACUGGGAGGCCAGCACCCACUGAUGAGACUGGUCAUCUGUUCCCGUGUGGGACCCUAGGAAAUCGUGGCAGUGCUGAGUUGGGUGUGGCGCAGGGAAUAUGUGAGGACAAUAAAGCCAGGAGAUUCUGCCAAUGAGAAGUCUGCUUUCUGUGCUGAUUUUUAUGUGACCCCCCCCCAGGUCUCCAGGGACCGCAGCAGGGAGUGAGGCCUGGUAGCUCCUGGGGGUCACCUGUUAGACCUAGGGCCAGACCAGAGGUCCCAGUGCAAGAAAAGAGAUGGAUGAGCUGGAGCCCGGGGCGGCCUGGCAGCCCCUCCUGCAGCCCAGCUGCCCUGAGCCCUACGUACCCACCUCUUUCAGGGUGGAUCUCAGUGAGCUGGUCACGAAUAGCACGAGCUCCGUGUUGGCAUCAUUCUCUCUCCUCAGGUCGUAAAACCCUUGGGUUGCUCUGGGAAACGAGAAGAAAGGUUCAUCUGGGACCACCUCCUUGCAUGCUCUCCCCGAGCCCUGGGCUCCAGGCUCUGAGACUGAGACCAGCCUGGGCGUCCCUCCAAUCUUCCCACAGCUGGGUCCCUUGGAGCCCAGGUUUAAUUCAGGAUUGAGUUAUUCAGUCCCCGCAGGCAUGCACAGCUCACUGAGGCCUGCUCAAGUGAAGCAAUUCAGGUUUAUCUCAGGGGACCUGGCCAUGGUCACAGCCACUGAAUGGCAGAGCUGGGAUCUGAACGGGCUCAGAGUCCAUGCGUUCUUUCUCUUUUAGCAGCUUUAUGGAGAUAAUUUCACCCAUUUAAAGUGUACAAUUCCAUGGAUUUUGGUAUAUUCAGAGUUGUGCAAGCAUCACCACUGUCAAUUUUAGAACAUAAUUAAUCACCUCAACAACAACAAAAGAUCCCGCACCUACAGUUUCCACAUAGAGCUCCCCGUCUUACACAACCACUGCUCGGCCUUGUCUCUGUAUGUUUCCCUGUCUGGACUGGCAUGUGGAUGGAACCAUACGCUCCCUGGACUCCUGUGCCUGGCUUCUUUCAAUUAGCCUAAUGUUGUCAAGGUCCGUCCAUGUCAUAGUGUAUCAGUGCUUCAUUCCGCUUGUCACUGAACAACAGUCCGUUGUAUGGAUGGAGCAUGUUUUGCUCAUCUGUCCAUUGAUGGACGACAUAUGGGUUGCCUCCAACACUAUUCAUUCGAUCAGGAAAGAUGCUGCUGUGUGCCAUCAGUACAAGCUGUUGUGUGCACAGAUGCUGCAAACACCUAGGAGUGGAACUGCAGGGUCAUGGUAAUUUAAUGGCUUGAGAAACUGCCAGACUUCCAAAGCGGCUGCACCAUUUUACAAUACCAGGGGCUUCCCUGGUGGCACAGUGGUUAAGAAUCCGCCUGCCAAUGCAGGGGACAUGGGUUUGAGCCCUGGUCCGGGAAGAUCCCACAUGCCGUGGAGCAACUAAGCCCGUGCGCCACAACUACUAAAGCCCGCAUGCCCUAGAGCCCACGCGCCGCAACUACUGAAGCCCGCGCGCCUAGAGCUCGUGCUCUGCAACAAGAGAAGCCACCACAAUGAGAAGCCCGUGCACCGCCACGAAGAGUAGCCCCCGCUCACCGCAACUACAGGAAGCCCGUGCGCAGCAACGAAGACCCAAUGCAGCCAUUUAAAAAAAAAAAGUUUACAAUCCUACAGCAGCAUGCAAGGGUUCUAGUUUCUCUGCAUCCUCACCAACACUUGUUAUCUCACUUUUAGAGUCUGGCUAUCCUAGGGGUGUGCAGUGUAUCUCACUGUGGUCUGGAUCUGCCCCUAUCGAGUCCAUGCCUUCUAAACCCCUGUGCUCGGCAGAUGUGUCCCUGGAAGUCACAGUUCCUGCCAGUCCAGGAUGGCUGCAGUGGAGUGGGUGGUGGCACCUAAGCCACACCAAAGGAUGUUCACCGUGCUGUGGCACCCAGAGGCAGUGGAUGGCUUCUGGCUAGCAGGUGGGGGAAGGGAGGACAGCAGACAGGAGCAGUGGAGGCCUGGGGAUGUCAGGGGCCCGGGGUGGCUGGAGGACUGGGGAGGGCAAGGGCCAGACUCCAGUGUCUGCCAGUCUCUCUGCCUUACCUGGGCGUGCCCCCCACAGAUACAGACACCUGCUGAAAAGUGCGGUGUGGUCCUUUCCCAUCCCCAGCUGCCCAAGCCCUCCCACUGCCUUGCCUGCCUUCCACACACCAGCGGCCGGGGGGCUGCCCGAGAAAGAUGGCGGAGAGGUCUCACACCAGGAGACCUGGAGAUUCCUGGCACUCAUGUCUGUCUGGGACGCUUGGUUCAGACUUACUUGAUGAACAGGACGCGGGCCUGCAGCUUCCUGAUGGAAUGCACAAACAGCUCCCUGCUGAUGAAAUUGAAGUAAUACUCUGGCUGCAGAGACAAAACCCCAGAGAAUUCUCACCACAAGGCUCUGGCAUUGCCGGGGGCAGAAACCGGUCUCUCUUGGGAACAGUGGGGGCCCCUUCGGCCACCUAACCAGGACCAAGCCCACUGCCCAACCGUAUCACUGCCUCAACAGAGGGCUUUAACUCCCUCAGGCCAGAGACUGCCCCCCUCCACCUCCAAAUCUGUUCUCCCUCUUCCUGGGCUCAUGGUUGCCCAGCUAGACAUGUCCCAGACUCCCCUCAGCCAGGUGUGGCCAUGCAACUAAAUGCAGACAAGUGACCUGGGCUACUUCUGGGCUUAGGUUUGGGACUGAGGCGUGGCCCUUCCACACCUCCUUUCCUGGUCCACGGGCUGCCCUGUAACGCUGCCCAGCCAGCCUGGGCUCUGGACUCUCGGCAAGCACAGCCCACUUACCUCCACCGACUGUUUCCAUGAGAAAGAAACCUGCUUAGGCCACAGUGCAGAAAGAGUGCACCUUGGUGUCCCCGCAGCCACUGCUGGCCUCCAUCACAGCCCUGACCUCCCCAUCUUACGACCAUUUAAGAGGUCUAGGUCUAUACUGUCCACACGGUAACCAUCCGCCAUCUGUGGCUACUGAGAGCUUGAAAUGGGGCUAGUCCAGCCUGAGACACACUGUAGGUGUAAACUGCACACUGGAUUUCGAAGACUUAGUAUAAGAAAACAAUAUGUCAAAUAUCUCAAAAUUUUUUUAUGUUGAUUACAUGCUGAAGUGGUAACACCUUGGAUACACUGAGUUAGAAAAUAUUAUUAAAGUUGAUUUCACCUGUUUUCACUGUUCAUACGGCCACUAGAAGACGUGACAUUAACACGAGCUCACAUUAUACUUCUAUUGGAAUGUGCCGCUCUAGGCCAAGAAGCCUCUGAGGGCAGAAGCUCAGGAUUUUCUCUGUGUUCACAGCUCUCGGCACACGGCGCGACAGAGGCGGGGCUCAGUGAGCGUGUACUGAGCGGGUUAAUUCAAGAGAGCUCCCAUACGGACCGACUGUCGCGCUGUGCUACAGCAUCACGAUGAAGCUGCGACUCCUCUGAAGACACAGGCACACAGCUGCCUGCUCAGCCACUUACUGUCGUCGUUCUGCACCAACCCCUCCCAGCCACCUCCUGCUCCUCGGGCCACAGUGACCUCAGGGGCUUUUCCAGAAGCAGAGGCUCCCCUAUCAACCACGAGGCCCAAUGCAUGAGCAUUUACUGAGGACCCAGACACGUCACACAUUAUCUCCUCCCCGAAGGAUCAGAAACGCUAAGUCCUUAUGUCACAGUCAACAGCUAACAGGAGGUGGUGCCAGGACUCAGCUCAGGCGUGAACUGCCCCUCACCUCCUCCUACCCCAGCUUCUCAGCCUCGUGUUUUUAAUUAAUUUAUGUUUUGGCUGCACUGGGUCUUCGUUGCUGCGCGCGGGCUUUCUCUAGUUGCGGCGAGCGGGGGCUACUCUUCAUCGAGGUGUGCGGGCUUCUCAUUGCGGUGGCUUCUCUUGCUGCAGAGCACGGGCUCUAGGCGCGCAGGCUUCAGCUGUUGUGGCACAUGGGCUCAGUAGUUGUGGCUCGCGGGCUCUAGAGGGCAGGCUCAGUAGUUGUGGUGCACGGACUUAGUUGCUCCGUGGCAUGUGGGAUCUUCCCGGACCAGGGCUCAAACCCGUGUCCUCUGCAUUGGCAGGUGGAUUCUUAACCACUGCACCACCAGGGAAGUCCCUCUGGCUUCUUUUUUCUCUUCCUCUCCAUCUCUCCUUUGACCUCCUUUUCCUAGUCCACUUACAUCCUCAGAUCUGUUAUUUUUCUUUCGUAAUUCAAGUAUAACUUACAGCAAAGUCCACAGACCUGGGUGUCAGCCCAUUAUGGCCUUUGACAUACGGACGCGGCCGUGCAGCCAUGACCCGGAUGAAGGCCUGGAACCCCUCAGCACCCAGCAGGCUCCCUUCAGGGGUUUUCUCCAAGGGCACCCCCCAGAUCAAUUUUGCCACUUUUUGAACUUCAUAUACAUAGAAUCAUUGUGUUCUUUUUUGGUUUGGGCUUCUUUUGUAAAUGUGCUUUUUUCAUUCCUGUGUGGUGUUCCAUUGUAUGAAUGUGUAACAGUUUAUGCAUUCUAUUGUUGAUGGACAUUUGGGUGAUUCCUCCUUUGGGGCUAUGAUGAAUAAAGCUGCCAGGAAUGUUCUCA